AUCUGACCGUGUUUUCUGCAUCAUGUGCGGCAUAUUUGCUUACUUAAACUACCAUGUUCCUCGCACAAGACGAGAAAUCUUGGAGACCCUUAUCAAAGGCCUUCAGAGACUGGAGUACAGAGGAUAUGAUUCUGCUGGUGUGGGCGUUGAUGGAGGCAAUGACAAAGAUUGGGAAGCCAAUGCCUGCAAAAUCCAGCUCAUUAAGAAGAAAGGAAAAGUCAAGGCACUGGAUGAAGAAGUUCACAAACAACAGGAUAUGGAUUUGGAUAUAGAAUUUGAUGUACACCUUGGAAUAGCUCAUACCCGUUGGGCAACACAUGGAGAACCCAAUCCUGUCAAUAGCCACCCCCAGCGUUCUGAUAAAAAUAAUGAAUUUAUUGUUAUUCACAAUGGAAUCAUCACCAACUACAAAGACUUGAAAAAGUUUUUGGAAAGCAAAGGCUAUGACUUUGAAUCUGAAACAGACACAGAGACAAUUGCUAAGCUUGUUAAGUAUAUGUAUGACAAUCGGGAAAGUCAAGAUACCAGUUUUACUACCUUGGUGGAGAGAGUUAUCCAACAAUUGGAAGGUGCUUUUGCACUCGUAUUUAAAAGUGUUCAUUUUCCUGGACAAGCAGUUGGUACAAGGCGAGGUAGCCCUCUGUUGAUUGGUGUACGGAGUGAGCAUAAACUUUCUACUGAUCACAUUCCAAUACUCUACAGAACAGGCAAAGACAAGAAAGGAAGCUGCAAUCUCUCUCGGGUGGACAGCACAACUUGCCUUUUCCCUGUUGAAGAAAAAGCUGUGGAGUAUUACUUUGCUUCUGAUGCAAGUGCUGUCAUAGAACACACCAAUCGCGUCAUCUUUCUUGAAGAUGAUGAUGUAGCAGCAGUGGUGGAUGGCCGCCUUUCUAUCCAUCGAAUUAAACGAACUGCCGGAGAUCACCCCGGACGAGCUGUGCAAACCCUCCAGAUGGAACUUCAGCAGAUCAUGAAGGGCAACUUCAGUUCAUUUAUGCAGAAGGAAAUUUUUGAGCAGCCAGAGUCUGUUGUGAACACAAUGAGAGGAAGAGUCAACUUUGAUGACUAUACUGUGAAUUUGGGUGGCUUGAAGGAUCACAUUAAGGAGAUCCAGAGGUGUCGGCGUUUGAUUCUUAUUGCUUGUGGAACAAGUUACCAUGCUGGUGUAGCAACACGUCAAGUUCUUGAGGAGCUGACUGAGUUGCCUGUGAUGGUGGAACUAGCCAGUGACUUCCUGGAUAGAAACACGCCAGUCUUUCGAGAUGAUGUUUGCUUUUUCCUUAGUCAAUCAGGUGAGACAGCAGAUACCCUGAUGGGUCUUCGGUACUGUAAGGAGAGAGGUGCUUUAACUGUGGGGAUCACAAAUACAGUUGGCAGUUCCAUAUCAAGGGAGACAGAUUGUGGUGUUCACAUUAAUGCUGGUCCUGAGAUUGGUGUGGCCAGUACAAAGGCUUACACCAGCCAGUUUGUGUCCCUUGUGAUGUUUGCCCUUAUGAUGUGUGAUGACAGGAUCUCCAUGCAAGAGAGACGCAAAGAGAUCAUGCUUGGGUUGAAACGGCUGCCUGAUUUGAUUAAGGAAGUACUGAGCAUGGAUGAUGAAAUUCAGAAAUUGGCAACAGAACUUUAUCAUCAGAAGUCAGUCCUGAUCAUGGGACGAGGCUAUCAUUAUGCUACUUGUCUUGAAGGGGCACUGAAAAUCAAAGAAAUUACUUACAUGCACUCUGAAGGUAUUCUUGCUGGUGAAUUGAAACAUGGUCCUCUGGCUUUGGUGGAUAAGUUGAUGCCUGUCAUUAUGAUCAUCAUGAGAGAUCACACUUACACCAAGUGUCAGAAUGCUCUGCAGCAGGUGGUUGCUCGGCAGGGACGCCCUGUGGUGAUUUGUGAUAAGGAGGAUACUGAAACCAUUAAGAACACAAAAAGAACGAUCAAGGUGCCCCAUUCAGUAGACUGUUUGCAGGGCAUUCUCAGCGUGAUCCCCUUACAGUUGCUGGCCUUCCACCUUGCUGUACUGAGAGGCUAUGAUGUGGAUUUCCCACGGAAUCUUGCCAAAUCCGUAACUGUAGAGUAAAGAGCAUCUGAAACUCUGGGCGACUAAGCAACACUAGACACCUUUUGUAUUUAAGACCUUGAUUUAAAAUAUCACCCCUUGAAGACUUUUUUAGUAAAUCCUUAUUUAUAUGUCAGUUAUAAUUAUUCCACUCAAUUUGUGAUUUUUGUGAAAUUACCUCUUAUAUUUUUCCAGUAAUUUGUGGGGGAGUUAGAAUAAUGACAUCUGUAUUGGAAUCUGUAUCAGAAAGAUUUUAGCUGUUGUUUGCUUUCAAGAAUGCUGAGUAUUGAAUUUCUGGGCCCUCCAUAUCAAUCUGAGAAGAUUGUAUGUUUUUAAAAUAACUGGCAUUUGUUUUACCAUGCUUCUGUUCAUUCAGACCAAUGAAAGAGUAGUGCAUUUAGUUGAAAUAUCUAAAGCCAGUGGCAAUGGAUGCUAAUACUUGGACGUUUAAUGAAGAUUUUGAUUAAGUUAUAUAUAAAGAGAAGAUGCUGUGAUUUAUUUUGAAA